AGGCCAGAGGGUAAGGCCUUCGCUCCACAGGAGAAGGACAAAAAGCUACCUGUAGCUCCACAGGAGAAGCGGAUGGACAAGAUUGACGAGGCGCAGGAGGUUCGGAGUUACGGCAUUGCUUCAGCCGUGUGACAGUCGUGAGACUCAAAAUACUUGGACUCCUUCAUGAAUCAGUCUGGCACAUCCACAUCGUCACUCAAUCUCCCAUAGUGUGGCACUUCAGUCAGAGUCAAUAUUUCUUAAAUAUAAUAUAUGACUUUUGCAACAAGUGUAGGCCAGCCACGACGUCUAAUUCUGACCGGUUGAGAAGAUGGUUAAUGCUUAUACAACGGAUGACGAACUGGAGGGGGACGGGCUUGUCGUGCUACCUGCACGAACUAACCGGUCAUCCUCGCAGUCGAUGAUUAAGGCUCAACAGCGCAAGAACGUAUACUAGGUAUUGAGUUAGCUUCUUUUUCUUACACUCUACUUUGGAUGAUAAUUGAAAAACUCUUUGGAUGAAAAUCAAAAUGCCAUUUCUACAAGGUGCUGCUUCUCGUCGUUUCCUUCUCAGAACACAGUGAGAGAAUGGAAGUAAGAAUAAGAAACGAAGUAGAACUUCCAGUAGUACGUAGUACCUACUAGGACUUGUUUUGAUUUUGUCAUCCGUUUCCGUGAAGAUACAUUGACUGAGCCUGAGAAGACAAAGUACUUCUUGAGGCUGAACUACAUCUAAGAUGAUGCAAAUGACCCCGGUGGGAGGGCCCUCUGAGAAAGCGGACCACUUGCUUAGGCAGCUUUUAAGGCUAGCUGAUUGCUUAAACUAA